AAAUUUUGUUCUUCCGCUCUUUUUCUGUAUUUCUUUACUUUUGUUUCUCACUUUUAUUCCACUACAAACUUAUCGAUCACUUCACUAGCUAUGGCGCAGCAAAUCGAACGUAAUCAAGAAGCAACUAUAUAUAUUGGUAAUUUGGAUGAAAGAGUGACAGAAUCACUUGUAUGGGAACUGAUGUUACAGGCCGGCCCAGUUGUUAACGUGCAUCUACCAAAGGACAGAGUAACACAGACCCAUCAAAGUUAUGGUUUUGUAGAAUUUCUUACAGAAGACGAUGCAGAUUAUGCGAUCAAAAUUAUGAACCAGGUGAGACUGUACGGUAAACCCGUACGUGUUAACAAGGCAACAUCGGAUAGAAAGAAUUUGGAUGUGGGAGCAACACUGUUUAUUGGUAACUUGGAUCCUGACGUUGAUGAAAAGGUACUGUACGACACAUUCAGCGCGUUUGGAAUGAUUGUCAAUACACCGAAGAUUGCCCGUGAUCCCGAAUCAGGGUUACCCAAAGGCUUUGGUUUUAUCAGCUACGAUAACUUCGAAUCAUCCGAUGCAGCGAUUCAAGCAAUGGAAGGCCAAUAUUUGAUGAACAAACAAAUUACUGUAUCUUAUGCUUACAAGAAAGAUGGUAAAGGAGAGAGGCAUGGCUCGGCAGCAGAGAGAUUACUGGCAGCAGAAGCCAAAAAGAAUGUACAAUUGCCCAAUCGUUUAUAUGCAGGUGGGCCCACCUUGGCACCAGCCAUUGGUGUGGGAUCCAACACAACGCCUGUUCCCGUAGUGGCAUACCCCAACACUACCCCUACAGCACCGCCACAAUACGCUAGACCUCCUCCUCCUCCUCCAAUGGGUGGCCCUGCAGGUUAUCCAUCUCGACCUCCUAUGGGUUAUCCACCACAACCUUACGGAGCACCACCACCACCACCCCAAGCAUGGCAAUAAUUUUAGGUAGCUCUUAUAUAAGAAGUUAACGUAAAGAUGUCUGUUAUGGAUUUUCGAUCACUGUAUAGAUUUUCUAUUAACAUAUGUACAUAAUUAUAUUAUAAGUCAUAGUUUAUUUUUUCAAGCUAUUGUGAAAAGCAGAUACAUUACGAAGGAUAAUUAAAUGUCUAAAUACUAACCUAACAUUUAUCUUGCAAAGUUACACUUUAUUGAUAAAUUGGCUAUGAAUUGAGUUAAUAUAAGGGUGUAAAGCAGGGAUCUCUCCUUUCUUUCAAG